AUGAUUUUUGAAGUUAUAAUUUUGGGAUUUCCUGAAUUGACUGAAAAACGCUUAUUGCUAUUUGGGUUAAUGUUUAAUAUAUAUGUAAUGGCUUUAUCUGGCAACUUAUUAAUAAUAAUUGUAACAAACCUGGAUGCAAGUUUACAAAGCCCAAUGUACUUUUUUUUAGGUUACCUGUCUAUGCUUGACAUAUGCUAUAUUUCUGCUACAGUGCCACUAAUGUUAGUUAUUUUGGUGUCACAUCACAACCAUUUGUCAUUCAGUGCUUGUAUUGUACAGCUGUAUAUGGUGGUCUUCUUGGAGGGGGCAGAGUGCUUUCUGUUGGCUAUCAUGGCCUAUGACCGAUAUGCAGCGAUUUGUCGUCCAUUACACUAUAGCAUAAUCAUGAAGAGAGGAGUCUGUUACAAACUGCUUUUGGGUGGAAUCUUGUGCAGCCUAUUGCACUCAAUGCUCCAUACCACCCUGAUCAUACGCCUUCCUUUCUGUGACAAUGAAAUUAACCAUUUGUUCUGUGACAUUCCACCCUUACUGAAGCUAUCAUGUGUCGAUACCUAUCUAAAUGAGGCUAUACUUUUUGGAGUGAGUGCAGUUUUUGUAGGACUCGGAGCCCUUGUAUAUAUCCUUAUCUCUUAUGUAUACAUAAUUCUUACUAUUUUGAAAAAUACAUCCAAUGUAGGGAGACGAAAAAUGUUUUCAACCUGUGCAGCUCAUAUUAUUAUUGUUAACAUUUUUUAUGGAACUGGAAGUUUUACCUAUGUCCGUCCCAAAUCCAGUUACUCAUUGGAGCGGGACAAACUAGUUUCAGUUAUCUAUAAUGUGGCCACUCCUUUUCUGAAUCCCAUUGUCUACAGUCUUAGAAACAGUGAGGUCAAAAGGGCUCUAAAAAAUGGAUGUAGAAAAUUAUUUAUUUACAAAGGGAGAGUAUAA